CCCAUCUGCAACAAUCAUGAUGGGACCCAUUUCCGCGUAAAGCUUCGUAGUCCUACCAUUUCAAGAGAAGAAUGGGUUUGCGCUGAAACCAUGAACGCAUCGUUUGCUUUAGCAGACACGAGCAGACUCUGAUAUUAGUCUCCUCCACGGCUCCCUCACUCUUUUGCUCGUUUUCUUCUACUUGCAUUCCCCUAAAGAAAGAUCAUAAUCAGAUAACUCUUCCCCCAAGCGUUUGGCGCCAGUUCAAAUUUCCUCAAAAAUGAACUGCGAUCUGGAUUCUAGAGACUAAGAUUCUAUUUUCAUCCCAGGAUAGACCAAGAGGCUUUUGAAGAAACGGCUGUGUUUAAAUUAUCAUAUUCCCCCCUCUUUUACUUUCCCGCUAUUCCUCAUUCCUUUCCUCCAAUUCCCAGAGGCACCAACUGAUGGAGAGACGAAGGAGAGAGUCAGGAUAAGGACACGAAUUAUAGCCCCACAGAGAAAAGAAACAAAUAGCUGAUUCUUCAAGAAAAUUGGAGUAGGGCUACUGCAAGGAUUACUAUACUCGGUGAGCUUGAUACCCCACUUCAGUGAUAAAUAAUACCUUUUUGAUUACAUUUGAAAUCUAUUAGCCACAACAAAGCUAGACGUUACCUCUGGGGUGUAUUAGACCUGUAAGGCAUCAAGUAGAAAAGGGGACAUUUGGGAACUUUGAGCAUGAAAAGGGGGUUAAGAUUCCUGGGUUGGCCCCUGUGGCCUAUAGCCCUCAUCAGCCUCCUCACUACAGUGGAGAUGCUAGAAUUUGGUGGGGCGCCUGGCCAGUGGGCCCGCUAUGGACGCUGGGAAGCUGGAUCAGUGGGCGAACUGAGUUUCAGUCUCAAGACCAACAUCAGCAAAGCCUUAGUACUCUACCUGGAUGAUGGCGGCAACUGCGACUUCUUGGAGCUUUUGAUAGCAGGCGGGCGCCUCCAGCUGCGCUUUGCCAUCCACUGUGCCGAGCCGGCCACGACGCACAUGGAGACACGGGUGAACGAUGACCGCUGGCACAUGGUCUUGCUGACCCGUAACUUCCGUGAGACCCUCCUGAUGGUUGAUGGGGAGACAAAAGUAGCCGAGGUCAAGUCCAAGAGGAAGGAGAUGGCAGUGGUCAGCGACCUUUUUGUGGGCGGCAUUCCACCUGAUGUGCGCCUCUCUGCCCUUACGUCCAGCACAGUGAAGUACGAGCCACCAUUCCUGGGAUUGAUCUCAAAUCUGAAGGUGGGGGAGAUGCCUCCUACUUUGUUAAACAGCCAGGGCAUUCAGAGCGACCUGGAGUACCUCUGCACCAAGCAGAACCCGUGCUUCAAUGGAGGGUUUUGCUCAAUUGAGUUUGGAGAAGUUCACUGCGACUGCAUCCAAACCGGCUUCAGGGGGAAGUACUGCAAGGAAG